AUAGAACAUCAACUUCUCUUCAGUCAGUGGUUCAGUUUCCGUGAGCUAACUUCUUCAUGUGACUAAAGGAAAAUCCCAGGGACCUGCUGAUCUUAUCUCUGAGCCUCACACCUCGGUGACCUGGAUGCUUUUAAGCCCCCUCCCAUUCUUACGCUAUCUGUAGUAUCUUCAGUAUUCCCACAUGGAUACGCAAACAACUAUCUGACCUUCAUUGGUCUUUUUCCCUCCCCAACCAUUCCUUUCAAGAAGUCAGGAUUUGUUUUAAAUUUAAAGAUUUAUGUUUCUUUAUUUUCAGCUCCUCGCUCUGAAUUCAUUUCUAAUUCAUUCCGAACAUUCAGAGGCAUAACUUCACUUUGGUGCUGGUUAGCUGAAGUAAUUCAACACUAUUCACAGGAGGACAAUGAAAUGCUCAUUUUCCACACGUUGGAAACAACUCAUGUGCUGACCUGGUUGAAAAAGUAGGAGAGAUUUAGAAAGAUGUAAUGGCCUCUGGGUGCAAAAUAUCUAUUUUGCAUUUGACAUAAAAAUGUAAAAAAAAAUCUGGUAUUUAAGAAUGGCUGCAAUGUCAGAUUUUGACACAAACCUAAAUCUCAGCCUCAUACAACUCUAAAACCUUUUUUUCAUGGCUCUUUAAAACUGUCCAGUGUGAACAAAACGAAAUUGACAGAUCCGAACUGUGAUGCACAAUAAAGCUUUUCAGAAAUACGGAAGAAAAAAACACUUAUCUCAGUGUGCCGAUGGAAACACUGAACCGCCUCAGAGGGUAGAAAUGAUACCUGACCUACAUCUACCAAACAAAGGCCUGGGGGGUGGACGUGUCCGCGAAGCCCCCACUCAGAAAGAAAACGAGUUAAUGCAUUGAGGUGUCGACGUGUGCAGGUAUGAAGGCAGAGAGAAAAGGGUGGAAACAGGGAGGAGCCAGAUGCAUGGAAUUGAUGGGAAACAUAUAUAGCUGUGAGUCUUGACCCCUGCAUCAGUCCGUGACACCUUCUGUCCUCCUGAAGCCAACAACAAUUGCCAGCGUAACCAUGCAAGCUCUUGUACUGAUGUGUCUGCUGUGGUCAUCGAUGGCCCAAGCCGGAGACUACACCUGGGGUGGACCUGACCAGGAAGUGACAGAGACCAAGUCAGGGAACGUGUGUCUGACGGACCAGGCGUCGUGCGGCUGCUGUCUGAUGCAGCAACAGAUUCACAGGAUGAAGACGUUUUUUAACAUGAGCCUGAACGAGCUGGAGAAGGAGCUCGCGAAAACACAGACCGUCCUCAACAAUGUCCGAGACAGCAGAAGCGCCUUCUCCGUCGCACUCACCAACGACCAGAGUUUGAACUGCAUGGGUCCCUUCCGCGACGCCAGGAUCAUCGCCUACAAGCACGCUUUCAUCAACCUCGGAGGCGGCUACAGCGUGGACACCGGCGUCUUCACUGUCCCCCGCUCGGGUGUGUACAGCCUCGCCCUCACCGUCUACAGUGACGCCGGCUCCCCUGGCAACACCCUGGCGGCGUGUGCGAGUCUGAUGGUCAACGACCAGGUGGUGGUGGGACCCAGCGAGAAAAACAUGCAGGACCAAGAGGACAGUGCCACCAUCGUCAUGGCCCUCCACCUGAAGGCCGGGGACAGGGUGGCCGUCAAAUUGCCCAUCGGAUGUUUCCUCUGCGACGACCACAGCCACUAUAACACUUUCACUGGUUUCCUGCUGUAUGCUACUGACUAAGUCAGGAGCACGUAGCGGCUCUGGGGGGGGGGGGGGUUUGAAC